GUAGUAUCUUAUUUCUCAAGUACUCUUAUCUCAUAUAUUUUUCUCUUUUAGUUUCUCGUUUCAAAAUUUCCUUAAAGAAAUACAUUUGAAAUCUGUAAUCAUUUUAUGGCACCACCACCUCCUUCACCACCAUCUGUUUCAUUGAAGGUAGUAAACCUUCUACUAAGGGUUUUGACUGCACUUUUUCUAGUUAUAUCUGUCAUCGUCCUCACCACCAAUAGCGUCACCAUCGGAUCUAUCAAAUUUCAUUUCAAUGAUGUUUAUGCUUAUAGAUACAUGCUAGCCGCUGCCGUCAUCGGUCUAAUUUACGCCGCCAUGCAACUUUUCUUCACAAUCUGCCAAUUCUCAACCGGAACGACAAACUCAUUUAAUUAUCAACUUGAUUUUUACGGUGACAAAGUAAUAUCAUAUCUAGUGGCGACGGGUUCGGCAGCUGGAUUUGGAGUAACCAAAGAUUUGAAAGAUGCAUUUAUAGCAUUGGUCUCAUUAGAUUCGACUGAUCCUGUGGAUGAGUUCUUCAGCAAAGGAUAUGCAUCGGCCAGUCUUCUUCUCUUUGCUUUCCUCUGUCUCGCCGUUUUAUCUGUUUUCUCAUCUCUAGCCAUUGCCAAAAGAUCAUUUUAAGCUCAUCAUGACAAAGACAAGUCGAUUUGUGACUUACAAUGCUUUAAAAUAUGAUUUGAUUCUAUAGAUUUGUCCCAAUGUUAUGCGUUGAUAUUCAUUCUGUAAACAAUUUACGAUUGGUUUUGUUACCAAGGUUAAUAAGUGUUGAUCUAAUGCAUGUAAAGUAAUUCAGCUAUUGUUGUGUUAAA